AUGGCGAACAUUGAAUCUGCAGAUCGCCAAUCGUCUCUCGACAGCGCAAUUGGCGACCAAGACGAUUCCACACGUUCAUCCAGAGAACAAGAAACGUCGCACGUCAAGGAGCAGACGGGAGCACGACCACCACUUAUCGAUCGACUCAAGGUCCUCAACACGACGCUGAAGACUAUACACGAACAAAUAGACAAGAUGCAACUGGCACCUCCAGUCGCUAGCCCGAUCGACGAUCGCAGUCAACAACACUCAAGACGCGAAGCCGUCUCAACACCCUCAACCAGCAGCAGUAAGGCCCUCGCCCAGCCUCCAGUCCCGACCGUUCCUGUUCCGCAUCAGCCAGAACUCCCCCUGUCCCUCUAUCGGACCAAGAUAGAGUACGAACAGAGGAGAGGAUGA